AGUGAAUUAACAGGAAAAAAAAGGAAGCAAAUAAUUCAACUCGUGAAACGGGUCCAAAAGACGAAAUUGAAAAACAAUCUGAUUAAAGUUGUCGAGUUUAUUUGCCCUAAAAACAAUUGAAAUCGAAAAGAGAAGCCUUUAAUUCGCUUCUGUCAUUCCAUUCCAUUCUACCAUUAUGAUUAUACCAUUCGGGGACUUGUAGUCAUUGACUCGAAUUGGGUUUUCUCAUCCUUAUAUUUUGCGGUCUCAGAUUCUUCUCCUGUCCGCAAUCUUAAGAUCCGGUGGUGGUAUUCUCAAUGGCGAAUCAUCAAGACGACGAGGAUUUGGAAUUGGCUCUUAAGAUGAGUAUGCAGUACAAUCCCCCAGAGGCCAAACGGAGCAAACCCAUUGAAGAAACUGGAUCCGGAUCUGGUGAAUCGCCGGAGGCCAAAACACGGCGGUUGCAGAGGGAGAUCAUGGCUGCUGCGGCUGAGAAACGAAUGCUGUCGUUGCCUAAGACCCCUCCUAAGCCCAGAGCUCUGGCUUCGCCAAUUACGGUUGCUGAUAGCUGUAAAGGGAUUGGAUCCGGUGGUGGUUUGGAGUUAUCGCCGGAAGAGUCUAAUCAACUGUUCACAAUGGUGUUUGGGAAUGAGGUUUCCAAAAGCAUACUUGCACAGUGGACUAAUCAAGGCAUAAGGUUUAGCCCUGAUCCUGAAACUACUAUAGGGUUAGUGCAGCAUGAAGGUGGGCCCUGCGGUGUUUUAGCAGCAUUACAGGCAUUUGUUCUUAAAUACCUUCUUUACUUUCCGGAUGACAUAGGAAAAGAUUCCCCGAGUUUGGGUGUCAAAACAUCUAAAAACCCUUAUGUCGCAUCACACUCUUUCUCUUCUAUACCAGAAGAAGCAAAAACAAGGGCCCUUGUUAGAAGCAUGUGUGAGAUUCUAUUUAUGUGUGGAAACAAUAACCGUGCUGUAGUAGCGAGUUUCCUUAAUUCUGAGGAUCUCAAUACUAAUCAGAAAGAUGAGGUAAUGGCUGCUGGGCUCCCCAUUGAGUCUGCUUCAGAUUUGCAGAAGAUCUUAAGAUUUGAGACAUUCACAACUCAGUCCAGUGCCCUUAGUAAGAUAGAAGGCACAAUAACUGCUUUCCAGAGUCGCGUGGGUGCUUUGUUAUUCCUUAUUUCAGCUUUACUCUCCCGUGGACUGGAUACUGUUCAAAACGACAGGGACGAUCCAAACCUCCCCCUAGUAACUGCACCAUUUGGACAUGCCUCCCAGGAAAUCGUAAACCUGCUAUUGUGUGGUGAAGCGGUUCCUAAUGUGUUUGAUGGAAGGAUGGAUUUUGGAGGCGGCAUGUUUUUGAAAGGCAUAUCGAAGAAUGUUGAGGUGGGCUUCCUGACGUUGCUUGAGUCUCUCAAUUUCUGCAAAGUCGGUCAGAACCUCAAAUCUCCCAAAUGGCCUAUAUGGGUCGUUGGCAGCGAGUCACAUUACACCGUCCUGUUUGCACUCGAUCCAGCUGUCCAGGAAGAAAACGAACUUGAGCUGAGAGAAUGUCAGAUAAGAAGAGCUUUUGAUGCAAGAGACCAGAGCGGAGGAGGAGGUUUCAUCAGCGUGGAGGCCUUUCACCAAGUUGUUCAGGAAACAAACAUUAGACUGCCAACUGAGAAGAUGAAUGAGAUCUGCGCCAUGGGGUUCAUUGUGUGGAGCGAGUUAUGGCAAGUGAUCUUGGAGCUGGACAGAGACUUGGGAGGGAUCAAAGAUUCAUCAGGAAUGAUGGGAAAGAAAGUGUUUGAUGUUUAUCACUUCAAUGGGAUUGCUAAAUCAGAUAUAAACGGUGGUGUUCAAGCUAUGGCUGUGGAAGGUGGGACGGUUCCUAUGCAAAGGCCAAGGCUCACAAAACUAAACGUCUCUGUUCCUCCUAAAUGGACACCAGAAGAGUACAUGACAUGUGCAGCGUCCAGCAGCUCUGACAAAGACUCAGAAGUGAACCAGCCUAAGCCGGCACAGCAUGCACCAUUGGUCGAUUGUAUCAGAACUCGGUGGUCACGAGCCACUUGUAGCUGGGCUGGAGAUCCUCCAAGUAUAGUCUGAAGACUGUUAUAUUAUGGGGAAAAGGGGACAUCGCUUAUUUGAUUUGGCGGUUUAGACGCGUUUGAACUUUCUGCGUUGUCCGUUUUUCUUUUUGUUGUAUUAUUAUAGAACUUUUGUUAUUUGUUGAGACUGAACAUUAUUUGGGACAAAUGAAUAUGUUCAACUGAUGCAUAUAAUUUUCUUUUAAACCAAUUGAAAAAUUCUAUUAAACAGGUU